UUGGUCGAGAGGCAAGCGUCAAACGUCUACGCGGAGUGGGCGGGGCGUGCAGGAGUUUUGAACAUGGCGGAUAAAGAGAAGAAAAAGAAGGAGAGCAUUUUUGAUUUGUCGAAAUAUAUCGACAAACAUAUAAGAGUGAAGUUCCAAGGCGGACGUGAAGCAAGCGGGGUCUUAAAAGGUUUCGACCCGCUGUUGAAUCUCGUGUUGGAUGGCACCAUUGAAUACAUGCGAGAUCCUGAUGAUCAGUAUAAACUGACUGAAGACACCAGGCAGCUCGGUUUGGUCGUAUGUCGAGGGACGUCCGUCGUACUGAUCUGUCCACAGGACGGGAUGGAGGCCAUUCCCAACCCUUUCAUUCAACAGCAAGACGGAUAAUAUUCGUCUGCUUUUUUUUUUUUUUUCUUUCUUGCAUUGUGUAGAUGUCCUGUGAAGAAAAUAGAUGGUUUUCGUUCGCUCUGAAAUAAUGAAAAAAUACAUUUUGUAUUUAGACUCAGGAUAAAUGUGUUUGGUUGGGUUUUCCGUGCUUAUUACGGUUUGAAUUAUAAGGCAUGUUUUCUGUUCAUGAAAAAAAAAAUGAGUGCGUGAUGCUGCCCGAGUUCUUUCAGUGUUGUUUUAUUCGUUCGGACGUUAAUAAAACACCCGGGAUGGA